UAACGCAAUUUGACGAGAAAAUCUAUCGCCUGCAGCAUUGCCAACAGAACAACUAGAGGCGCAGCGAGGAGCGGUGUGAUUGCUCAACUCCGGCUCUCAUUCUUGCAGCAGCAGCACAAAGGAGGUUGUUUGCUUUUUGGGCUCCUGCUAUCUUUUUUUUUAAGCCGGAGCUUCUUGCGUUUACCCUUGUUGCACCCUCUCCAUAUAUUUCCAGCCCGCUUUAGUCAUCGCCUCCCGCCAGAGACGACAGCCGUCGAGAUGUCGGCACCCAAACUCUUCGCGCAGGCCCUGCCCACCCUGAGGCGCGCCCCGAGACUCACUACCGGAGCUAUUGGGAGGCGGGUGCGAUGCUACACUCAAGCUUCCGCCGCUGCGCGGCCGACAAAUUCGAGCCGAGUCGUGCAAGCCGUCGCGCGCCGGUCGCCGGCGUUGAUGCGCGCGCAACGACGAACCUUCUCAGCCUCUCCCGCCGUUUCCCACGGCCACAUCAAACCCCCAAAGCCCGGUGAGGAGCUCUACGUCACCUUCGUCGACAAGGAGGGCGUCGAACACAAGUUUGCCGUGUCCAAGGGCGACAACCUGCUGGACAUCGCCCAAGCGAACGAUCUGGAGAUGGAAGGCGCGUGCGGCGGUUCCUGCGCCUGCUCGACGUGCCACGUCAUCGUGUUGGACCAGGAGUACUACGACAAGAUGCCCGAGCCGGACGACGACGAAAACGACAUGCUCGACCUCGCGUUUGGGCUACAAGAGACAAGUCGGCUGGGCUGCCAGGUGGUCAUGACGCCUGAGCUUGACGGCUUGCGGGUGAAGCUGCCGUCCAUGACGAGGAACCUGCAGUCGAGCGACUUUAAGUGAGGGGCGAACCGAGAACGAGGACGUUUUCUUCUCUCUCUCUCUCUCUCUCUCUCUCUCUCUCUCCCCCUCCCUCUCUCCCUCUCUCUACGACUGGCGUUUUUUUUUUUUUUUUUGCGCGAUGCAUAUGGGUCAUGGAGAUUAUGUAGGAGAUACCAAAAAAGUAACAGCCGGUUGAGGUCCUGUUUCAUCCAUUUGUCCUUCAUAUAUGGCUCGGUGGCAUCUUGAGGCAUCCCCAGAAUUGAGGAUGCAUGCAUUUACAACAUACAUGUACGAUAGUGGAGGCCCCGACGCGGGGCUGUGUACAUAGUUAACCAGAGACCCUGCUCUGCU